AUGUGGCCAUCCGAAACACCAAAAUUCAACAAUAAUAAUUCAUCAACGGAAAGCUCGCACGAAAGUCUGCCAUCGAUUGAUUAUUCGAAAAAUUUGAACAUGUUUUCGGUUAAUGGUGGGUUACUGUAGGGGAAAUUUUAUCUGGAAUUCAAAUUUUUUUUUAAUUUCCUAUUUUUUUUGAGACCAAACUGUGGAUUUUAGCGACGAAAUUUGAAAUCCCUGUGUAAUUCUCUCGGACAAAACUCUAAAAAUUGUAGUGAAUAUUGCAGAAAUUUUGAAUACUGAAACUUUUAGCAACUUACAUACAGUAAUCUUCAUUUUUCUAGGGGACUAUAGUUCAGGGGUACUGUAGAUACUGUGAAUGUAAAGGGGUACUUUGGUUUAUAGAAUCUUUUGGGAGGGAAUACAAGAUUGUUCAUAUUUUCUGAUCUGCCUUUGUUUUUUUGGGUACUGUAGUUGUGGACGACUGUAGAUGCUGUGGAAAGAUUUCCCUCUGAACUGUUCAAUUUCAUUUUGAAAAUGGGUACUGUAGUUUUUAGAAGUACUGUAGUUUUCGAAAUUAUGCACAAUAAACUUUUUGACCCGAAAUACAGUAAUCUUGUUUUUUUUCAACUUUUGAUCUACUCUACAGUAGUACUGUAGCUCUACCGUAUUCUCAGAGCACUGUAGAUUUUUCUGAAAACGUUUUGAGACCUACAGUAGUCUAAAAUUACUGUUUUUUGUUUGAAAAUUACUGUAGUUCUUGAAAAUCAACCUAGUUCCACCUAAAACUUUCCAAAAAAAAACGAAAAAAAAUCUAGAUCGGCUCAUAAUUUUCUGAAACAGCUGAAACUUUUCAUCUGUUUUUUUCCAAUUUUCAAAAAGAUGCCAAAUAUUUUUCAGUUUCAGAACAACCAAUUGACGACGACGAUUUUUUCAACAUAAACACAUCGGAAAAACGAAGUGCCUCAUUCGGCGGAUCAACACAAUAUUCACAAAUAUUUGGAUAUCAUAGUCAACUCCAGAAUCAGAUUCAGAAUCAACAAUUUGAAUUUGGCGGGGCGUAUGGUUUUGGAAGCGGAAGUGGCAGGUUAGUUCAGCUUUUGGGAAUUUUUUAUCCGGAAAUUUUCACUGUAGAACUCUAGAAAAUCUGAGAUUUUUCUCAUUUUCUGGACCCUUUUUGAAAUUUGAGACUGAUUUUUUUAUUGGAAAAAUGAUACCUUUUUCUCUGAAAAUCUAGCCUCAUUAGCCAAAUCUGAAACAUUUUUUUUAUUAAAGGGGGUACGGGCUAAUCAAAAUUUUAUGGAAAAAAAUAUACCAUCUGAAAGAGGAGGUUCCGUUUAGUAUGUUCCCAAAUUUUCAUAAUUAUUUUUCACGUUUGAAUACUAUUUUUUCACGCGCAAACACGAAAAAGUUGCGCUCGACCUCAGAGAAAUAGCAUGCAGACACGAGAGACACAGCGUAUUUAGGCUCCGCCCCUUCUAUGCGCUGUGUCUCUCUUUCUUGUGUGCUAUUUCUCUGAGGUCGAGCGCAACUUUUUCGUGUUUGCGCGUGAAAAAAUGGUAUUUAAACGUGAAAAAUAAUUAUGAAAAUUUGGGAACAUACUAAACGGAACCUCCUCUUCCAGAUGGUAUAUUUUUUUCCAUAAAAUUUUGAUUAGCCCGUACCCCCUUUAAUUAGUUGAAUUUUUUCAUGGGGCGAAGAAAAUUGAGCCCAGAGCUCCAAGAUCAGAGCUCUACAACUAUUUAAACCCACCGCGCGCAUUCAUUUUUACCAGGAUCAAACAAUUUUCCAAAUUUGUUUUUUUUUGUCCCAAAUUUAUUUUCAUUCUUCCUCCCAUCCCAUAUGUUUUUUAUUUAUUCAAAGCUAUUUUUUGAUGCUUUUCCCCUCUUCAAAUAUUUGAUUUUUCCACUAUUUUUGCGUCUACUAGCAAUUUUUUCGGCCUAUUUUUUGACUCGAUCUAUUUUUUGUGCUUUUUUUAGAAAUUGAAAUUUUAGCUGGAAAUUUUUUCGGGGGGUACUGUGGAUUUUGAAUUUUUAAAUUUGAAAUUAUGUAGCUUCGGAAUUCAAAAUGGAGCCUUGUGAGUAGUAUUGUAGGAAAAUUAGAUCAAGGGUACUGUGGAUUUGGAAUUAUUCAAUUCAACCUUGGAUUACUGUAGAUUACUGUAGAUGCAUCGUGAUAACUCGAAUUGGCUUACUGUAGAUUUGAAAUUCUCAAAAAAUAUGGGUUACUGUAGAUUUCAGAGAACUGCUUCAGAGGUACUGUAGCUUUUGCAGCUUGAAAUUUGAACUGGAACAUUUUUGGGUACUGUAAUUUCUAGUAGCUCAAGAAUUUUUUUAAAAUUUUCAGGUAGAUUACUGUAGUUUGAUCUACGUUUAGAAGCUUAUCUUUUUGGAUACUGUAGCUUUUGCAGAUUUGAUUUUUCCGGAAUCGUUUUUUACAGUAACCUGAAAUUUAGUUCAAAAAGUUUCAAAUUUUUCGAUUUUCCCGCCAAAACAGAAAGACAUUACAGUAAUCCAACUAGAAAAUUAGAACUCUCACACAAAUUUCAGAAUUUGAGUACUUUUUGAGGUCAAAAAUUGGGAUUUUCCAUUUUUUUUCUCCACUUACAAACAAAACAGUUUUCUUUUUCCUCGCAACCCACUCUCGUUUUUUUCACAGAGACCGUGUAAAUAGAAAAAACCCGAAAAAUGUUUCAUUUUUUGGGGUAGGUUGCGUAGUAAAACUCGCUCAUUUUUCUGUUCUGCCUUCCGUUCGCACUUUUUUUGACCUUUCCUUCUUCUCUCUUCUUCUUCUUCUUCUUUUUUUUCGAUUUCGAAUGAGUGUUUUUUGAGGCACACACUCUCUCUUUUCUCUCUCUCUCUCUCUUUCAUGAUCAGCUGAUUUUUCAGCUGUAGACGAGAUAUGAAGAGACGCAGAGAUACUAGGAGACGAUUGGCGCGUCGCCAGAAUUUGAAAGAUUGGGGGAGCUACAACUCUAGAAAGUAUUGAGAUAGUAUCUGCUAGAAAGGCGUCAAGAGUUUCACUGGCGCAUUCUUAGAAAACAUCCACAGAAAAUGCGUCAGCAUAUAACUUCUUGACCCAUGUUUUCUAGAAAAUAUUUUGAUCUACAAAUAUUUCUACCAGACAUUAUUCAGCUCGAAAAGCGUCUACAGAAAAUGUGUCAACUGGUACAGUUACUGGCACAUUUCGAGAACGCGCUUCAAUAACAAUCUUGGACUGA